CAUCGUCACCAUCAUCACCGCCGACGAUCCAAUCACUAUCACCAUCACAGUUUUCACCAUAAGCUGUCGCAGAAACACAAGCCACAAAAGAUGCAGCAUCAAAAUUCGCAUCAACAACAGAAUCAUAUCUUGCACUGCAUUGCUUCUGCAGUGGCGGCCGCCUCUUCAACGUCCACCAGUGGCUUGGCAGCCGCCGCUGCUCUCAUAUCGUCAUCAACCGCAGCAGCGCUGGCUUCGGCUGCGUCCUCCUCAGUCUCUCUAUCUGCAUCAACGUCGCCGUUAGCUAGCAAUCCAAUUGUAAAUAUUAAUCAUCAGCACCAGUUUUUUAAUUAUCAGCCCUAUCAUACCACUUCGCAAAGAUUUCGUCCUAAUUACAAUAUGCUUUUGAACAGCGUCCACACACCGCUGCACACAACGCAACAUCAAACCGGGACCGCAACAAACAUGACUAACGUUUCCGUAUCCUCUAACAAUAUCACACACAACAAUCAUCAUCACAAUCACCACCAUCAUAACCAUCAGUGUAAGUCAAAACGUAAGUUACAAAAGUUGUAUUAUACUCUGUGCCGUUGAAUCUCUUCACACUUAAGUGUAAUUAAAGCAGCUACAUUUUCUGAGAUGAGGUUUGUUUAUCUUUUUUCGUCAAUUGUAAAAUGUAUAAAUAUGCAUAACAUUACAUAUUUUUUAUAUGUGUACUAACACAUUGUUUGAGUGCAAUAAGAUUUUACGAUAUUUUAUUAUUAUUUUAUACCUCAGUUCUGUUUAACAUAUAAUUAUAAUUUUCGAUCAUUCAUGUAAUAUCUCGACUUCAAUUUACAUACAGUUAUAAUUUCCUAUUAUUUUAAUCACUUCUACACCAGCACGAAUAUGUCUUGAUGAUGCUUAUGAAAACGUGUUAUAUGACUACUAAGUUUAUUAUUGUCCUCAUUGUGGGAGGCAUUGCGUAAUAACCGAGACGCCAAAGUUGAAUUGCUCCUCAACAAGGAUUCAACUUUUGAAACAUACGUACGUUAAAAAUCAUACAAGAACCCUUGCUUAAUUUACGCUUUGUUCCAAAGCAAAGAUACAGAAACCACGGUCAGAAAUUGUAUUGUGUUUUCUGAUACGCAUAGAUCUUAAGAUAAAGCUUAAAUUGACUAAGAACGAGGAUAUACCUAAAAUAACAUACAUAAAAUUAAAAAAAAAACAACAACAACAAAAGUAUUUAUAUAAUAUGUUCGUAGAGAAUAAGUGAUUAUAACAUUAAAAUCCAAAUCAGUGGUAGUGUGUAUGUAUAUGUACAUUAAUAACAGUUAUUUAAUAUACUCCAUUACCUACUGUAUUUAGGUAAACAUACUUGCAAAUAGUAUAUAGAGGAUGUAAUUAUAAAUUUGGCGAAUACAAAUAUCUAAAUGCUUACUUAAAAUAUAACUUUAAAAAAGUACCUUUUUAAAAUUA